CCAUAAGCAAGUAAGUAGUGUCUUCUCCAACAAAGCCCUACUUUCGAUCUGUUACGUUUCGAAUCCUCCGGCGUACUCGAUUCACCGGCCGAAUCUCCACUCAAGCGCGUCGCGGUAUUCACUCCCAAAUCGGCGAUAAUGUCGAUGUCUAAGAGUUCCAAGAUGCUCCAGUUCAUAAACUACAGGAUGCGAGUGACGAUCCAAGACGGACGACAGCUAAUCGGAAAGUUCAUGGCCUUCGAUCGCCACAUGAACCUCGUUCUCGGAGACUGCGAGGAGUUCCGCAAGCUUCCGCCAGCUAAAGGGAAGAAGAUAAACGAAGAGAGAGAAGAUCGCCGUACGCUAGGCUUGGUGCUGCUCAGAGGCGAAGAGGUUAUCUCCAUAACUGUCGAAGGACCACCUCCUCCUGAAGAGUCACGUGCCAAGGCUGGUGGCUCAGGAGGUGCUGUUGCUGGUCCUGGAAUGGGCCGUGCUGCUGGACGUGGAGUACCUACUGGCCCGCUUGUUCAAGCCCAGCCUGGGCUUGCUGGGCCUGUUCGUGGAGUUGGUGGGCCGGCUCCGGGGAUGAUGCAGCCUCAGAUCUCUCGGCCUCCGGUUAUGAGGCCUCCCGGACAGAUGCUUCCGCCUCCUCCGAUGGGGAGAGGUCUUCCUCAAGGUCCUCCUCCGCCUUACGGUAUGCGGCCGCAGUUUGGUGGACCGCCGCCGCCUCCGUAUGGGCAGAGGCCGAUGGGUCCUCCGCCUGGUGGGAUGAUGAGAGGUCCUCCGCCGCCUCAUGGGAUGCAGGGACCGCCUCAGGCUCACCCUGGAAUGAUGCAUCCUCCUCCUGGUGGUUUUGCUCCUCCACCGCGUCCCGGCGUUCCACCACCGCCGCCUAACCAGCAGCAGCAGUGAUUUUUUUUUUUUGAACACAACAGCAGCAGUGAUUAGGUUAGCUAAAAGAAUGCAUUUUGUUUUGUGAAGGCAUUGUUAAGGUUUAGUCUGAUCUAUCCUUAAAGUUUGUAGAUUUGUUGACAAGUGAGUGUGUCUUUGCUUUUGUCUUCUUGUGUGUUUCUUGUAAGAG